AUGGCAUAUAUGUCUCGUUCUACUGCCAUGUUCCCUGCAGGAGCUUCAGCAUCCUCAUCCCGACAGCCAAAUCAGCAAUCUAGCAUCACACAACAGCAGUCCUCCGUCCUAGCAACCCGCAUCGCAUCAAAACGUGCCGAGUUAGACAACUUGAGGCAACUCUGUGAUAUGAGUGAAGCACUCGCAUCGCAGAUGAAGGCAUUACAGGACAAACUUGUGACACUUAAAGAUGGCACAGAAGCUGUUGCUUGUGUCCUUGCGAACUGGGAUAAUGUACUGCGGGCGAUCAGCAUGGCCUCAACGAAAGCUGCGAGUAUGGAAUACCCGGCAGAGUACAGAUCAGAUUCUACCACUCGAAAAGCACCAGAUGGUUCUCCUAUGCCCGCCACACUGGUGCGAAUCCCUGUUGCGAAGCAGGAAAAGCCGGGUAAUUAA